GUGACGGUCGUCGUUUCCUCUUCAUUCCUCUUCGUUUGCGUCGAAUAACGACAGUGGGUCGAAUCUAGCGUGACGAAUUCCGGGUCGGGUUUAAUGCGACGAUAAACUCCGAAUACGGAAGGAACUGCGUUUUAUAUUGUGUGUCCCUUCUGCGCGUUCAACGGUGUCACCGCAGGCUACAUUCCGCUUCCUCGCCACGCGCCAACCUCCUCCGGACGAGCGUUCAAUGCACGAUGCUGUGCUCCGAGUCGAAGGGUACGAAAUAAAGCGAAUUUUGUCUCUCCGAGAUGGAUUUCGCGAGUGCCUGAAGGCGUUUCUCUUUAUGACGUAACGCUCUUGUGUAUGGAAUGUUUCAUCUUCGUCAUCAGAGAACUGUGAAGGCUACGUCACACAAAACAAACUUGAGUGAAUUGACCAAUCUCACUAAAGACACCGUAAGAGAGAAAUGGACAGGGACCAUAGGGAGCAACGCGAUCACGAUAAUCUGAGUGAGAAGGAACCGGACUGCAAAGUUGGAAUGGCUUUCUGCAGCCUCUCCCACCAUCGCGAUCGUACGCCGGAUGCCGAUGCAGAGAGAGACAUGGACAUCGAUCCGGCUGAUCAUGUCGAGAACUUGCACGACGACAAGCCCGAAAAAUUAGGGAGGAAUUUUCAUAAUAUAGGACAUCAUCCAGCCAUGAGAGAUGUAGAUAGGGAUCAAAAUAAUCACGUUGACAUGCAUGACGACAAGAUGGACCUCAAGAUAGGAAGAGAUUUUCGCAAUCUCGGCCAUCAUCCUGGAAUGGUUCAUUUGCAUUCUGGCAUGGAGCAUUUGACUAAUGUUGACGUUGAGGUAAAAUUAGCGAGGGACGUUCGCGGCUCAUUAGGCUUAGGGCUGUCCUUAGAACUUUGUGUAGUUUGUGGAGACAGAGCUAGUGGCAGGCAUUAUGGAGCGAUCAGCUGCGAGGGUUGCAAAGGUUUUUUUAAGCGUAGCAUCCGCAAGCAGUUGGGCUACCAAUGUAGAGGAAGCAAAAGUUGCGAAGUUACCAAACAUCACAGAAAUCGUUGUCAGUAUUGCAGACUUCAGAAGUGCUUGGCGAUGGGCAUGAGAAGCGACUAUCGAGUGAAGAUCGAGAUCGAAUCUAGGACUUGUUACGAUGUUGCAGCUGUACAACAUGAGAGAAAACCAGUAUUGGGUGAUUCGGCUGGGACAAAAGUUGGCAACCGUAACCCUAGGGUAAAACCUGAGCCGCAACAGCCUGCGCCCGAGGCACUGCCGACUUGGGAGCAACCCGAGAGCCCUAGCAUGGAAGACCAAAGUAGCGAUAGUGAUGCUCUCAGCGAUGCUUUGACCUUAGCUCGUGAGCGUUUACUCCUUUCUCAUGCGUUAGCAGAUAGUAUGGCUAAAAUCAUUGGUGAUAAUGUUAAUGGCUCGAGCGAACCGGAGGAAGAAUGGACCGGCCAAUUAAUCUCUGAGCGAAAUACAUUGUUUGAAUUGAGGGCGCCUAGCCCAGCACCUGUGUAUUUAUCUAUUCACUACAUAUGUGAAAGUGCAGCUAGAUUAUUAUUUUUGUCUGUACAUUGGGCACGAGGAAUACCAGCAUUUCAAGCUUUGCCAUCUGACGUUCAAACUACUUUAGUUAGAAGUUCCUGGGGACAAUUGUUCACAUUAGGUCUGGCACAAUGUGCAUAUACCUUGUCACUUCCUAGUAUUUUGACGUCGAUAAUUAAUCACUUACAAGCUAGUAUCGCACAAGAGAAAGUCACUGCUGGCAAAGUAAAAUGUGUUACAGAACAUAUAUGGAGACUACAGGAUUGUGUAAAUUCACUGCACAAGUUACAAGUGGAUUCCGUCGAAUACGCAUAUCUUAAAGCUUUAACGCUUUUUAGUGCUGAUAAUGUCUUAGCAGGCAUCUGGCAUAAGAAAGUUGAAGUCUUGCAGGAAGCAGCAUGGACGGAGCUGCAGCAACGUGUAGGCUCCGAUAGAUUACCUCGCCUUCUGUUGAGGCUAGCACCUCUCCGCUCGAUUAAUCCUAGAGUUCUAGAGGACCUCUUCUUCUCGGGUCUCAUCGGUCGAGUAAGCGUGGCUAGCGUCGUGCCUUAUAUUCUUACCAUGCAAGAUUAUAAAACUGAACCAGAAAGUCAUGCAGGGUGACGAAUAUUGUCAGUGCAAUAUAAAUCGUGACCUAAAAGAGUGAUAUAAACGUAAAUGUUGGAUGCCUCGUUUUUGUACAACGAAAAUAUUUACCGAAACGCGAACCGUUGACAUAAUUUUUAUUUUCGCAUUUCUCUUUUUCUUUUCGAAUAUUUGCACAAGAAUAUGACACAAUGAUGAG